GACAAGAUAGUAUUCGGUCAAUGACUCAAAACAAGAAAUAAAGACUUUCUCGUUCUCUUUUUGUCGUCCAAAAUGAGCAACAACGGACGGGUCAAGGUCUUCGUAAGGGUUCGUCCUUCUGCUAAGUUUGCAGAGGACAUGAUCGAGCUGUUACCCGAUGGAAAAUCCGUCAAUAUUCACUGCAAGAAAGACCAGAGACGAGGGUACAUUAACAAUCAAGUUCUGGACUGGGGAUUCUCUCUCGAUAGAAUCCUACACAAUGCARGUCAAGAAGAUGUGUACGAAGAGUGUGCAAAGAAUAUCCUAUUGAGUACGCUAGACGGCUGUAAUGGUACGAUUAUGGCUUACGGACAAACAGGAGCGGGGAAGACCUUCACGAUGACAGGGUCGACRGAAAGAUUUGAACAUCGUGGAAUCAUCCCUCGUGCUAUACAACAGCUAUUCAAAGAAAUUAGUGAGCGCCCUGAAAAUGCAGUAACCGUAAGGAUCUCUUAUAUGGAGAUCUAUAAUGAAUGUAUGUAUGAUUUGUUGGCAACGCUUCCUGGUGUGAUGCCAUUAGAGCCAGGUAUGAUGGUGGUUACUGAAGACAACAAUGGCUUAACCAGGGUCAAAGGAUUGUCCAUCCACACCGCAAGCAACGAGGAAGAGGCUUUGAAUUUGCUCUUUGAGGGUGAAACAAAUAGAAUCAUAGCUCAACACUCAUUGAAUAAGCACUCAUCAAGAUCUCACUGCAUCUUCACCAUCUAUAUCGAAUCACACUCAAGAAUCGAGUCCAAUACAAAAUAUACCAUGUCCAAGCUGAACCUGGUUGAUUUAGCUGGUUCAGAAAGACUUGGCAAGACACAGUCUCAAGGUAGCACCCAGGUUGAAGCAACAUACAUAAACAAGUCCCUGUCAUUCCUAGAACAAGUAGUUAUUGCCUUAGGAGAUCCCCAACGUGAUCAUGUACCAUACAGACAGAGCAAGCUUACACAUGUGCUGAAGGACUCUCUUGGAGGCAAAUCUAACAUGCUACUGAUUGCUAAUGUCUGGGGCGAAGCUGAACAAAUCGAAGAAACACUCUCGACUUUUCGUUUUGGUAGCCGUAUGACGAACGUUCCCUGCGAGCCAGCCGUAACAGAGUAUCAUGACUCAAACAAACUUUGUAAAGAAUACGAAAGAGAAAUCAUUAUUCUUCGAAAAGAACUUGCAAUGCAUGAUACCCUAACAAACCGCAGUCAGAUAUCCUACGAGCCUUUAUCCGAGUCUCAAAUCCUUGAAGUUCGAGACCAAGUAAAGAGUUACCUAGCUGGUGAACUGAAUGAUAUUGACCUAGUGAACGUACGUCAGAUCAAAGAGACGUUUGCUCAGUUUAAAGCAAUUGUGAAUUCUAUCGAAGUUGAUAUGGAAGAGAAGCUGAAACAGAAGUAUGUGUUACAAGAAAGAGCUGGAGUUACUUCAGCGGGUACUGGUAAGCUCGGAACGACAUAUGAARGAGAAUCAGGUCUCGUGGGUGAAGUAGACCCAAGAGGGUUCGGUGUUGGCGUCGCUGGAGGUAACGUUAAACCAAACGUCACAGCACUUGUUAGCGGAAAGCGAAAUAAAAGUCGUAAGAGCAGAGAAAGAGAGAGCGCUGGUCAGAAGUCACAAGCUGGUGGUGGAAGAUCAGAUGUGCAAGAGAAACCAAGUUCUCCUAUUCCAUCGGAGUCUUCUCUGUCACCACCACCCAAGAGUACUGCUUUUGAAGACUUUAAGAAGGAGAGAGGCAGCGAGAUCAACCGAAUCUUGAAUGAAAACAAAGCAAUUCUGAAGGCCAAAAGACAAACAGCCAAAGACCUUUCGAGCACCAUUAACAACCUGAAAGAUGAGAUCGACCAGGAAGCAGUCACCUUGGAAAAGAAAACGGAAGAGAAAAUGAAAGAUGGCGACUUUACCAUAGAAAACGGUCAAGUAGUCAUCGAUGAAGAUGAAUUCCAACAUGUCAAGAAAAUCAAAGAACUAAAAGCCAAAUACAGAGAGAAUUAUGACGAGCUACAAAACCUUAAAUCCGAGAUAACGUACUGUGAGAAGCUUGUCGAUCAAUGUCGUCAGCGCUUACUCUCCGAGUUUGACAGCUGGUAUGUAGAAUCGUUCCUAGGCCCCGACGAGCAGAUUACCAGCUCGGUCCCAGGAGUGCGCAAAGUCUCACGGGAAGGAUACGUGCCAGAGGAUGAGCAAGAGAAGUUUGAUCGACUACAGUUGGAGCUUCUUAUGGAACACCCAGACUCAGUCCCUUAUUACAAUGCUAAGAUGCAAACAGAGCGACGCAUGCAUCUGACUUCCAGUGGACCAAGAAGGAAUAAACCUGGUGCGGUUGUAGCAACCAUCAGAAAUAAACCACCUUCAACUCUUACAGUAAAAUAAAACAUAAUACCUAGACUUGAUUGUAUAUUUUGGUCGCAAAAAAAWAUAUUUUUAUAACACUUUACAGCGCUUGGAUUUUGUUCACAAAAAAUUCUAGUAUAUAUAUAUAUAUAUGGUUGCACUCCAUUUUUUGGUUCAUUUUAUUUUCAGUCAAAAUGUGAAAAGUGAUUAAAAUUCUAAUACCUAAUACAAA